UAUGGUUUUCUAGAUCUCCGCUGCAACCUGAACGUCCCAUCUAAUAUCUGAGAAAGUUUCAGUUUCAAAUUUUCAGUGAACUACAAAAUGAGCCAAGAACAGUCAAAGAGGGGUCAUGAUCAGAAGCAGGAGGCCGUGAAAUAUGCGGACGUUUUUCCGGCCGUUCAGGGCGGGCUGGCGGAUAAGGCUGUGACCCCAAAGGACGCCGCCAUCAUGCAGACGGCGGAAAGCGACGCCGUAGGGCAGAACCUUAAACGUGGAGCUGCCGCGACUCUGCAGUCUGCUGCUGCACAGAAUCAAAGAGCUGGUUUUGUGGGACCAAAUUGCAUGAAUAUAGAGAAAGAUGACGUGACCGUAACCGAGACUGAUCUUCCCGGCCGUCGUAUUUUCACGGAGUCAGUCGGUGGACAGGUUGUUGGUGAAUACAUCCAGAGAGCUCCAUUGGCAGCACCCCUCACUGUUCAAGAUAGUGGCAGUCAAAUUACUAUUGGUGAAGCCUUGGAGGCUACUGUUAUGACAGCCGGAAAGAAGCCGGUAGAGUGGAGCGACACUGCUGCAAUUCAAGCAGCUGAGAUUAGAGCCACCGGGCGACCUGGCAUAGUACCUGGUGGUUUGGCAGCGGAGGCUCAGUCUGCCGCAACCCUCAAUGCUCGGGCUAUGUGCAAUGAUGACAAAACCACACUUGGUGAUAUUCUUGCGGGUGCAACUUCAAAACUACCCGAUGACAAAGCAGCAACGUUUACAGACGCAAAGGGUGUGACAGAUGCAGAGAUGCGAAACGAUCGAUAUAUGACUACACAUCCGAUGGGUGUGGCAGCUUCGGUGGCUACAGCUGCUAGGCUAAACCAGGAUAAUAGCAACAUACCAAAGUAGCUUUGCUACAACUCUGUAGUUGCUGCAAGUUUUGUAUCAUUUUGUUAUCACAAUCUUUUGCAAUAAUGUGAAUUUAUAUCACUCGACAUCUUGU